GGAUUGUUUAUCGUGCACCUGUGUAAGUCUUGCAGACAGCUGCAUGUGGCUCCACACAGUCAGUGCAGUUUCCGGCAGCUGGUGUCAGUCCUGGCCAGGCUAACUGGUGACUUCAACUGCAGACACAGCUGCGACUCCGGGCACCAGUUCUGACCGAGGCUCUGUUCACCGUAAGACAGGUGUCACCUCCGGGUCACGCGACUGCUCCAAAGCUUGCCCAAUAACCGGGAUUCUCAUAACCAAGGAACUCCAUUCCACGCUGCACCGCCUGCCUGAGGAACUACAUUUCCCAGCAGGGCCCAGCCGUUCCUCCUUCAGAAUGCCAGAGGGCCCAGAGCUGCACCUGGCCAGCCACUUUGUGAAUGAGACGUGUAAGGGGCUGGUAUUUGGUGGGUGUGUGGAGAAGUCCUCUGUCAGCCGAAACCCGGAGGUGCCAUUUGAGAGCAGUGCCUACCACAUUUCAGCUUUAGCCCGAGGCAAGGAGCUGCGCUUGACGCUGAGCCCCCUGCCUGGGUCCCAGCCCCCUCAGAAGCCACUGUCUCUUGUCUUCCGCUUCGGUAUGUCAGGAUCCUUCCAGCUGGUACCCGCAGAGGCACUGCCGCGCCAUGCCCACCUACGUUUUUACACGGCCCCGCCCGCCCCCCGGCUUGCCCUUUGCUUCGUAGACAUCCGUCGCUUUGGCCACUGGGACCCCGGGGGUGAAUGGCAACCAGGCCGUGGACCUUGUGUCUUGCUGGAGUAUGAACGGUUCAGAGAGAACGUCCUUCGAAACCUAUCGGACAAAGCCUUUGAUCGGCCCAUCUGCGAGGCCUUGUUGGACCAGAGGUUCUUCAAUGGCAUUGGCAACUAUCUGCGGGCAGAGAUCUUGUACCGGCUGAAGAUCCCCCCUUUUGAGAAGGCCCGUACAGUUCUAGAGGCCCUGCAACAGUGCCGGCUGAGCCCAGAGCUGACCCUGAGCCAGAAGAUCAAGGCCAAACUUCAGAACCCAGAUCUGCUGGAACUGUGUCACUUGGUGCCCAAGGAAGUGGUUCAGCUGGGGGGAAAAGGCUACGGGCCAGAGCGUGGAGAGGAGGAUUUCGCUGCCUUUCGAGCCUGGCUUCGGUGCUAUGGUGUGCCAGGCAUGAGUUCCCUGCGAGACCGGCAUGGUCGGACCAUCUGGUUCCAGGGUGAUCCCGGACCCUUGGCACCCAAAGGGGGCAGAUCCCGAAAAAAGAAGACACAGGAAACGCAUCUGGGGACUGAGGACAGAAAAGAGGACCUUCCACUUUCAAGCAAGUCCAUUUCCAGGACACGGAGGGCCAGGAAGCACUCCCCUAAGAGUAUAGCCCAACAGUCUGAAGGGGCCAGCCUCCAACAAAACCAGGAAAUCCCUACAGCCCCUGAGAAAGGAAAGAGAAGGGGGCGACAGGCAAGCACAGGCCGCUGUCGCCGCAGACCCCCAAAGAGCAAGUCUGACGCCCAACCCAAGGAGGCUGGAGAAAGUUCAGUCUCAUAGAUGGAGGUUUCCUGCCCUGAUGCCUUGCUAGGAAUCUAAGGCGUGUCUGAAUCCCUAAAAGCAGUAUUUGUAGGGCUGCAUGCCCUGGGCCCUGUGACUUUUCCUGCACAACUGGUUUUUUUUUGAAGCAGGGCUCCAUAUGUCCAAUCCUUGCUGAAGGUGACACUGAACUCACGGUUCAUCUUCCUGCUUCAUUUCCAUGGCUGCUGGGAUCACAGGUGUGAGCCAAACCACCACACUCUGCUGAUUUGUUGUUUAUUUUUUCAAGACAAGGGUUUUUCUGGGUAGCCCUGGCUGUCCUGGAAUUCAUGCUAUAGACCAGGCUGGCCUCAAACUCAGAGAUCUGUCUGCUUCUGCCUCUCAGAGUGUUGAAAUGUAUGCCAUCUUCAACAAUUCUUUUUAAAUCCCAAGUGAAGACCAUUAUCAAACUAAUAAAUUUGAACUUCUUGGUAA